AUGAACGGGGCAGACACACGGACAUACGCUGAAUCGCAUACGACGGGCCAGCUGCCUACGCCAACCUCAACGCCCGAACCGGACGAUCUGGCACUCCCGGGUGCCCGCCGCAACAAUGAAGCCCGGAGCGAGCAACCGCUGCACAACAUGACGAAUGGCUCCAGGGUCGAGGCGAACAGCGCAAUCAGUUCGAGCAUCACGAGCAGGAGGCCGAGCGUGCACGAAGAGGCUAUCCUCUCAGACACAAGCGAGAAGAUACGGCCUAUCAAGCGGCCUGGAGAUGCUCGGAGAAGGAGCAGCGUGUCGGAGCACGAGAAGAUUCUCAAGCUUAGUCCCCGCCAGAUCCAAGAGCUUACGAGUGAGCCUGCGAGCAUCCCAGUGCGAGCAGCGACUCCGAUUCUUGAGGACGAACUAGAAGACGUCACACCGCUCCAAGACGCGGACGGACAGGGCAAGAAUAAGCUCUUGGGCGUGGUGCUGGAGCGGCCCGUGGAGCUGAAUGGCGACACCAGAAAAGAGAAAGGCUCGGGAGGGCGGGAUGCACCACGGGAGAAGGAGGUCGUCCUUAUCAAAACAUCUGCAACUGAAUUGCGAAAUGGCCGGCCUGUCCUCAGCUCACGAUCCGUCACUACGCCCUCGCUCACACGGAGGACGACGUCCAGGUCGCGGUCACGCACACAUACCCAGACCCAAGAAACAGAGGACCGGAGGCACGGCAGACAUGUUCCUCCGCCGUUGAGUCUGGACCACCGAGAUGGCACAUCAAAGGGCCACGACCGACACAAAGAGACGCGCGAGAUGCGGGAGCAGGUUUCGCCGACGCCAAUUGCUCUCCCGCUGCCGCCAAUGUCGAUGCCUACUUUUCUCUCGCUAGAACUUUCUGCAAGCCGCCCCUCUCCGCUGUACAUAUACCGUCCAGCGACGACAGACUUUCCUUAUGAAUCGUCCGAGAUCAAGUACGAGCGGUUGCUCAACUUCCUGAGGAUACCGCUGAAAAUUGAGGGCAUAUUGGGUUUUGGCGCUCUGGCUUGUCUCGAUGCAUGGAUGCACGUUCUGACGAUCCUCCCCCUCCGCUUCCUGCUUGCUGUCCUCAUCUUGGUCAAAUGGUGGGGCUCCGUCAUUGUCAAAGAAUUCCGUGAUCUCUGGGCUUUUGUCUAUGAUGGCCUUCCUCGCUUUUGGCAGCGCAGGAAGCAGACCGACGUCCCCACGCCUCUACCAACGCCCGCCGACGAGGCGGCUCCGUCAAUGUCGCGUAAAACGUCGUCCUCGACUGUUCCUCCAGUCAGUGCUACAGCCAGGCAGAGUCCGCACGUGUCGACAACCUUCAAGUUUCCAGACAUGAAUGAGCUCAGAGUGCGCCGGCCUCGUAACUCUCGAUUUCGUCAUCGGCGCACCAAGUCUACGCCAUCAACGCUGCAACCAAGUCAUAAAGCAGACAUACUGAAAGGUCUCCUAGUCAUCGCCAGCUGCUUUGUCUUAAUGCGGUUCGAUGCCAGUCGCAUGUAUCAUGGCAUUCGUGGCCAGUCAGCGAUCAAGCUCUAUGUCAUCUACAACGUUCUCGAGGUAUGUGACCGCCUGCUCUCGGCUGUUGGUCAGGAUGUGUUGGAGUGUCUCUUUUCUCGUGAGACCCUGGAUCGCAAUCCCGACGGUAGAAGCAAGGUUCUCCGGCCACUCGGAAUGUUUGCCCUCGCACUUGUAUACACUGUUGCCCAUGCUACAGCGCUGUUCUACCAGGUCAUCACUCUAAACGUGGCCGUCAACUCCUACUCGAACGCACUACUGACACUGCUCAUGUCCAAUCAAUUUGUGGAAAUCAAGGGCACCGUGUUCAAGAAGUUUGAGAAAGAGAACCUUUUCCAGAUCACCUGUGCAGAUAUUGUAGAACGCUUCCAGCUCUGGCUCAUGCUUCUCAUUAUUGCAAUGCGCAAUGUCGUUGAAGUAGGCGGCCUCAGUAUCCAGAGCAGCGAUACGUCGUGGACGGCCAUGUUUACUGGAUCUGCGAAUGCGUCCACGACUCCACUCAAGGCCUCGAGUAUCAUACCUAUGAGCUUUACCAUCUUUCCCAAGUACAUCGCCCAGGUACUCAAUCCGUUCCUACUGGUGUUGGGCAGCGAGAUGUUUGUCGACUGGCUGAAACACGCGUACAUCACCAAGUUCAACCAGUACAAACCGGAGGUAUAUAGCAAGUUCUUCGACGUGCUAGCCAAGGACUACUAUUCCAACGCCUUUGCUGAUGCAGACUUGACACGACGCCUGGGUUUGCCAGUCAUACCAUUGUCAUGCCUCUUCAUCCGUGCUGCUAUUCAGACUUAUCAUAUGUUCAUUGCCAUGCACAUGCCGCCUCCCCUCCACACAACAUCGACAUCACUCUCUUCGGACCCUGCCUCCUCCCCCACCACGACCGCAGCUCUCGCCCACAUUGACCAUGUCUUCCGCCGCGCUUUGGGUCGUUCUUCCUUUGGUGCUGGUGUUCCCUCCCAACCCUGGUAUCAUCCCCUCUCCUACACCCUCGAUGAUCUGAUCGCCGGCUCGACCAUGCUCAUCGUCUUCCUCGUUGGCUACUUUAUCUUCCUUGCUUUCAAACUUAUCCUCGGUAUGCUGCUGCUGUCCAUCAGUCGCAAGCGCUAUCACGGUAUGCAGGAGCGAGAGAAGAUGAGCGUUGAGACUGGGGGUAAGAGGAUCGGGGGCUGGGGCGUUGUUGAUGUGGACGAGGAGAAGAGGAAGAUAAUCUACGAUGAUGAUCCCGAAACGCUGAAGCGGUUGAGGGAGAGAGACGAGAAGGGUAGGAAGAAGGAGCAGGAAGAGAGGGAGAAGGGGACAAGCUUUGGACACCCCUUCAUGGAACAACUAGCGUUGAAAGAAGUUGGGAAGGAUGAGUAUGAAAUGAUAAACCUACCUCAGAAGAUGGGCAAUCCGCUGGACAUCGCAUACGGCGGCUAUGCAAUCGCCGUGGCAUGCAAAGCAGCGUCUCUCACAGUACCGGAAGGCUACCAUCUCUACUCUAUGCAAGGAAACUACCUGGGGCCAGCAUACACGGACCGGCCUCUGCGGGCCAAUGUACGGGUAGUAAGGCAGACACGGACGUUUGCGACACGACAGGUGGAAGUGAGCCAGACGACCGAUGCCGGAAAGGAAGGAAAGAAAAGAGUAUGCCUCCUCGCAACGGCGGACUUUAUGGUCGCAGAGACUUCGUCCUUGUUAUCAUACUCCCAAGCUCCCUUGAACAGCUAUCCAAACUGGAAGGAUUGCCCCACACCAUCCGUUGCGUAUUCCGGUCUUGUCGCGGAGGGGAAGAUGCCGCAGAAGAUGCUGGAUGCGCACGCAGUAGGCUUCAAUCUGCUGAACCAUCUCUACGACCAACGUCUCUGCCCCAAUGCCAUCUUUGCGCAAAACCUCUACGGCAUCGCAAAAGAGCUCCCGCAUACACAAGACGACCUCCCUCCCUCGUCGCGUACGACUGCAGAUUGGAUCCGCAGCAAGGAAGUCCUACCCAAGCCUAUCGAUCACAUCACCGCACUGACUUUCCUCAUCGACACCGCUAUUGCGUUCUUACCGCUGUCGUUCAACCAUCGCUGGUUUGACGACGUAAGUGCAGUGUCUAGUCUUGAUUUCUCGUUGAGAAUCUUUGCGAACGAGGUGGAUGUGAAUGGGUGGUUGCUCAGGGAGUUGAGGGCGCCGGUUGCAGAUCAAGGACGUAGUUUUGGCGAGGCGUGGAUAUGGGACGAGGAGGGUAAGGCGGUGGCGUGUAUGAGUCAGCAGAGUAUUCUGAGGCCGACAAAGAAGAAGGCGAAGGGGAAGUUGUGA